UAUGGGGGUGGGGGGGAUCCCCACGCUGAGAGCGCGAUCGCUCCUCCCAAGUCUGCAGAGCGGAGGCGCGCGACCCCAGGAUCAAGGGUUCAGUGGUGCAGGGACAGUCAGCCGCAAGCCUUUAUCUCUCCAAAUCCCACUGUGUGCUCCUGCACUAUGCUGAGGGCUUCCUCCUUUCCCGCCCUUCCCGGUCACCUGGGCGCGAUCAGGUUGAAUCGACCAAAGCGAUGGUUAUGGAGAAGCCUAGUCCCCUGCUGGUCGGGCGGGAGUUUGUGCGACAGUACUACACCCUGCUGAACCAGGCCCCGGACAUGCUGCACAGAUUUUAUGGAAAGAACUCUUCCUAUGCCCACGGGGGCUUGGAUUCCAACGGGAAGCCAGCGGAUGCAGUCUACGGGCAGAAGGAAAUCCACAGGAAAGUGAUGUCACAAAACUUCACCAACUGCCAUACCAAGAUCCGCCACGUGGAUGCUCACGCCACUCUGAACGACGGGGUGGUGGUCCAAGUGAUGGGGCUACUGUCCAACAAUAACCAGGCUCUACGGAGGUUCAUGCAGACCUUUGUCCUUGCUCCUGAGGGCUCUGUUGCCAACAAAUUCUAUGUUCACAACGACAUCUUCAGAUACCAAGAUGAGGUCUUUGGUGGCUUUGUCACCGAGCCUCAGGAGGAAUCUGAGGAAGAAGUAGAAGAACCUGAAGAAAGACAGCAGACACCUGAGGUGGUGCCUGAUGAUUCUGGAACUUUCUAUGAUCAGACUGUCAGCAAUGACUUGGAGGAGCAUUUAGAGGAACCUGUUGUGGAGGCAGAACCGGAGCCGGAGCCGGAGCCAGAACCAGAACCUGUGCCUGACAUCCAAGAGGACAAGCCUGAGCCUGCAUUGGAGGAAGCUGCUCCGGAGGAUGUGCAAAAGAGCACUUCCCCAGCCCCAGCAGAUGUCGCCCCAGCACAGGAGGACUUGAGGACAUUUUCUUGGGCAUCUGUGACUAGUAAGAACCUUCCUCCCAGUGGGGCUGUUCCAGUGACAGGGACACCACCUCAUGUGGUAAAAGUGCCGCCUUCACAGCCCCGUCCAGAAUCUAAGCCUGAAUCUCAGAUUCCACCACAAAGGCCUCAGAGAGAUCAGAGAGUUCGAGAGCAACGGAUCAAUAUCCCUCCUCAGAGGGGACCCCGGCCAAUCCGUGAGGCUGGUGAAGCAGGAGAUGUGGAGCCUCGGAGGAUGGUGAGGCACCCUGACAGUCACCAGCUCUUCAUUGGGAACCUUCCACAUGAGGUUGACAAGUCGGAAUUGAAGGACUUUUUCCAAAAUUAUGGGAACGUGGUGGAGUUGCGCAUUAACAGUGGUGGGAAGUUACCCAACUUCGGUUUUGUUGUGUUUGAUGAUUCUGAGCCUGUUCAGAAGGUCCUUAACAACAGGCCCAUCAUGUUCCGAGGUGCGGUCCGUCUGAACGUGGAAGAAAAGAAGACCCGUGCUGCCAGGGAAGGAGACCGCAGGGAUAACCGCCUUCGGGGACCCGGAGGCCCCCGUGGUGGCCCGAGUGGUGGGAUGAGAGGCCCUCCCCGAGGAGGCAUGGUGCAGAAACCAGGCUUUGGUGUGGGCAGGGGCAUUACAACUCCAAGGCAGUGAAUUGCUUGGCCCAGAUCUCCACACAGCACACAGCCCUGGCUCCUGCAGAAUGGUGAAUUCCUUCAACCAGCCUUUGGUGUCUCAGAGUAGUCUAUUAUAAACUGCUCGAGUUUGUACAAUUUUAAUUUCGCUUGUGUUCAUGGUGUGUGCCCCUCCACUCCCCCUUUCCUCCCUGACCUUUUAGUCCUUCACUUCCAGUUUUCCGGAACGAUACUUUAGGAGGAGUAGGUUUUUAAAGAAGAGGGAGGCUCGCCUUCCUGCCCACACCGCAGAUACAGACUGGAGUUUAACAGCCAUUCCCCAAGGAGCGCGUCUCGCUUUUCACUGACAGUGGAUGUUUCAUUUGUUGGGAGACACGGAUUUGAUAAACGUUUUGGAAGCAGGAAAAUCCAUAUUACCUGUCGAGAGUCACGACUCCUUUCUGGUGUGGAAAAAUUGCCUUUUGGCAACUGCCGCUGGGUCCCUGCUGGUGUGGCUAACUGAAUAAAAGGUGUUUCCAGAA